AUGACCCCGGUAAGGACCCCCCUGGUAAGGUUUGGGGGACACAUCGUGCAUCCCGAAGGGAUGGUUACUCUGACGGUGACUGUAGGGCAUCACCCCCGUUGCCGAACCAUCUCUGUCAACUUCGUGGUAGUUAAGGCCGACUCUCCGUACAACUUGCUCCUGGGUCGACCCACGCUAAAUGCUCUACGAGCAGUGUACUCCACAUACCGUCUGAGUUUUAUGUUUCCUACCCCCGCGGGUGUUGCUGAGGUAAGCAGCGAUGUCUGCGCUGCCAGAGAGUGCUACCUCGCCACUUUGCAGGCAGCCUCCACAUCGACCUCCGGCACGAGGUCCGAGAAGAGGUCCAACAUCCUGUCAAUUGAUUGCAUCAACCCUCAGCGAGCUGAGAAGCCCCAGAAGCUGGAGGCCGGAGAUGAGGUGGAGGAGGUCUCCCUGAACCCCACGAAUCCGGAUCAGACGAUCCGCGUCGGCACCUGUUAA